GUAGUGAUUAUAUAUAUGUUUAAGAAAAUAAGAUUUACAUGCUUUUACGAAUUUCAUGUAACAUCUCAGAAUGACGUUAACUUGGGUACACGAGAUUCAAAAUGGAGAAAUACAUGUUCAUGCGCUAGUAUUCGAAUCAACGCCAUUGGGACCAAAAUUUUCAAGUUCCUUAGACUUGGACGUAACAGUAAGAGAUGGCACUCUGACCACUCGCGUCCUAUUGCCCAAACUACAAUAGACGAGGAAGAGCAUGAAAAAUUUAAAAAACUGUCGCAUACCUGGUGGAAUGAGAUUGGAGAAUUCCAGGCCCUUCAUGCUCUCAAUGCACUAAGAGUUCCAUGGAUAAGGGACUCCUUGAUAGAAAAACAGGACCAGCCAUCUCCGUUACACACAAAACCUUUGAUGGGUGUACAAAUUUUAGAUGCAGGAAGUGGUGGGGGUAUUUUAUCUGAGCCACUUGCAAGACUGGGGGCAAAUGUGAUUGGAGUGGACAUGGUGGAGGACAACAUUAAAGUCGCUCAGACUCAUUUAGAGGAGGAUCCAGGUAUACGAGGGAGCGUGAAGUACAUCCAGGCCACUGUGGAGGACCUGGUGGGGACGAAUGAGGAGGCAUUCGAUGCAGUGGUGGCCUCGGAGGUGGUGGAACAUGUGUUGAACAUCGAUACUUUUCUCACUUCGUGUUGUAAGAUUAUCAAGCCUGGGGGAUCGAUAUUUUUGACAACAAUCAACAAAACAGCCCUCUCCUAUUCUGCGGGGGUCAUAGCGGCAGAGUACCUGUUACGCUUGGUUCCCAUAGGAACCCAUGACUGGGAAAAAUUCAUCUCGCCUGAGGAUUUACAGUUUAUGCUGGACAAGAGUGGAUUUUCCACUACUUUGAUCCACGGUAUGAUGUACAAUCCACUGACAAAAAGGUGGAGUUGGAUUAGCAACACAAGUAUUAACUAUGGACUCCAUGCUGUCAAGUUACAUUCACAUGACAAGUCGGUUUCUGAAGACACUACAAGUGAAGAAAAAUCCACAGAAACAACAGAGAAGCCUGCUUAGUGUGUGUGCAUGAAUAUCAUCUAAUAUCUAAAAUUUUACUUCAUGAUGCUGUGAUUUACUGGUGCGUAUUGUAUAGGAGUACUGGGAUUCAGUUUCCAUAGCACACAGUAAAUUGAAUGUGACCUAAUUCCUUAGAGAGAGCAAACUGAUUCAGAAAUGAUCUGUAACAAAAAGUGUGUUUCUCCAUAUUAAUGAGUGCUUUACUUUUCACCUUGUCAGACAGCAUGCCUUUUACAUGUUACUAUAAUCGUGAUUGUGGUCUUUCACUCAGACCUUUGAAUCCACACUAUUAAACAUUUGAAAUGUAGAGAAUGUAAUGGGAGAUAGGUUCAGCUCCUUAGUUACGUUUCCUCCAACUCUUGUUUGUUCUUUUGUUAAAUUCACAAAAGACACUGACAAGUCAGUUUUAUUUUUUAAGUUUAAGUAAAGAACAAGACUGCAUUGGGGGGAAAAAAUGGUAUCUAAAUGGAACUUGCAUAUAUGGUGGAACCUUUAUGUCCUUGAGCAGUUGAUGCUCCUAAUUAUUCUUGUACAACCAGACUCCCCUUUGAAUGACAAUUCUAUAAUGUAUACCUAAACAAACUACUGACAGGAGCUAUAAAUAAAGUAUUUAAACUUUUCA